GUAGAGGAGUCAAGUAUAAAGGUUAGAUUGUUGGUAGAGGUUUCAAUUAAAGAAAAGAUAUGGACUACGACGAUAUCUUAUCAACUGUGUUUAGACACACCUCUAUCGGAGUAAUGCUAGCAGUAGUGACAUGUCAAGAUCUGGAUCUUGAACAACUUGAUUUUGAAACAAUUUUUUUGAUGGAGAGUUAGAGGAAGAGAUAUAUGACUCAGCUAGAGGGUUCUCAAAUUGUUGGGAAAGAAGACUAUGUGCAAGUUUAAGAAAUUUUUGUAUGGGCUUAAAGAGUUACGAAGACAAUGCUAUAACUGUAUAAGAGAUCUAAUAGCUAUAUGAUCAAGUUGGGAUACAUAAGGAUUCUUUAGGAUUUUUGUCUCUACACAAUGAGAUGAAAGAUGAAUAAUACAGUUUCAUAGUGAUUUAUUUGGAUGGCAUAUCUGAAAAGAGAGUAUGUGACAUUCAGAAGCUGAAAAAUCUUCUUUUUUUUUUGUUGCCCACAGAAGAUUAAAGAUUUAGGUGUUGCCGAGAAUAUUAUACAAACGGUUAUUAUUAGAGAUAGAAUAUAGUUAUUGCAAAUUAUUCAGUAGAGAGUAGGUAGAUGUUGACCAAGACAUAAACUAAUCAGGAAAUGUUAAUUAUCCAUGCAAACAAAAUAUUAAAUUCAACUUUUUGGUUAGUUACUUACCUAAUCCACUCAUGUUCAUUAAAAAUUCAUAUAGUAAUAUACUAGUUAGUAUACUAAUUAGGUAAUAAAUUUAAAACAAAAUUUUGAAUAGUUUACUAGCCAUAUAGUAUAAAUAAUAGGAAAACAUUCAUUCGAAGGUUGGUCAAAAAAACAUCCACUCGAAGACGCAACGAUUUAUUUUUACUUUAGACUCUCUCUUUCUCUGACCAGAGCGAUGGAGCUCAACGGCGAAGGUCGUAUCUCCGGUAAACGUCCGACCAUCAUGGUCACCAACGACGAUGGAAUAGAUGCGCAUGGUCUUCGUGCUCUCGUUCGCGUCCUUGUCUCCACCAACCUCUACGACGUUCGCGUCUGCGCGCCUGAUUCGGAGAAAUCUGCUGUUAGCCACAGUAUAAUAUGGAGUAGACCCCUCACUGCACAAAGAGUUGAGAUUGAUGGAGCUGAAGCCUACGCUGUCUCUGGAACCCCUGCGGAUUGCACCGGUUUGGGCUUAUCGGAAGCACUCUUCCCUUCUCUUCCUGAUUUGGUUCUCAGUGGUAUAAACGUGGGUAGCAACUGUGGAUAUAACAUCGUCUAUUCUGGAACAGUUGCUGGCGCUCGUGAAGCGUUCAUUUAUGAUAUUGAUGAUAGGAGUUUUCAAGGCUCCUAAUCAAAUGUUGUAGUAUAAAAAAUGUCAAACCAGUUCUAAGUGAUUAUGAUGCAAAGAGAAUGCAAGACCUUUCUUAAUCUAAGCGCUACCAGUUCUUGAGAUGAUUUUAAACUAGAUUUCUACCUAAAAUGCAAUAAAGGACAAAGCUUUCUUUCUUAUAAGAUGGGAGAACUCAUGGGUUAUGGGAAUUGAUCUUGGGUGAUCAAGAUUCAACCUAAAGGUGUCAACUUUCAACCAAUUUAUAUCUACCUUAGACCUAGACACAAUCCUAAGCAAACUCUAUCCCUAGAUGAAUGCUCAUUUACCUAGAUAACUCAAGCAUCAAAUUCCUUUGGUUGAAUGUUAUCUAAGUAAUCAUUAAUCUCAAGUCUACUAGCCAUCUUAACACCUUUAACAACAAAUCCCUUUGGUAAAGAAUGUUAAAAGCUUAGGAGAGUUGGUUCAGGCAUUUCAUCAAACACCUUCCGGGUAUGAAAUGCCUAGAGCUCAACUUUAGAGAGGUCAACUCUAAAAUUGCAUUAAAAGCACUCUACUAGCAAGGAACAAGAUUGAUCUAUACCUAAACACCUUAGAUUUAGCUUAAUCACCCUUAAUCUCCUCCCU